AUGGCGCAACUCGUUGGCAAAUAUGCUGCAAACAAGCUGCUCAAGAAGCACAUGAAGCAGUAUGAGCACAAGAGUGUCGAAGGUGGUCAAGACCCAUACUUCGCGAUGAUCGAGGACCCACGGCGACCAGGAAAGCUCAAGAAGGUCAAGAAACAGAUCCCAGCCUACAUACCAGAACACGAUGCCGAGAUUCUUGCCGCUGUCCGUAGACGAGCCUACCGCCUCGACUGCUGCCUCUUCAGCUUGUUCGGUAUUCGUUUUGGCUGGGAGGCUGUGAUCGGCCUUAUUCCCGCUGCCGGAGAUGCCAUUGGCGUCGCGCUUGCGCUUUUGGUCAUGAAGAAGGCGAUGAAGGUUGAAGGAGGAUUGGACAACGGCAUCAAAGUCCGCAUGCUUAUCAACAUCGCUGUGGACUUCCUGGUUGGUCUUGUACCGUUCAUCGGUGACUUGGCAGAUGCGGCUUUCAAGUGUAACACGAAGAAUUUGCGACUCUUGGAGGAGUGUCUCGAUAAGAAGCACAAGCCACAAAGCCUGCAGCGGGAUGAGCGCGAUUUUAUUGGAGUGGACAAGGAGCAGAGACGGUCGAACCGCAAGAGCGGCAUCUACAUGAAGGACGAUCCUCCAGCGGCAACAGCAUUCGAUGACUCCGAUGACGAGGACCGCGCGCGUGCUGGUCAUAACACCACUAGCAACCGUGUCCAAGAGCCUGCGCCAGCCAGAGUCCCAGAGGAUAGCCCUGCUCGCGGAGGAUGGCUCUCGAGCAGCAAGUCAGGUGGCCGUGAUCAAGGCAGGGCUGAGCCUCGUCGCGGUGAGAUGAGACAGGAGACCGGCAGUGUUCGACGAUAG